AGUAAUAGUAAAGUGCCAACAUUCACCGCUUAGCUCAAGCCUGUUCCAGAAUCUCUCUUCUCUCUCGCUAUAUAUUGAUAUACAAAUAGCCAUUUCUUGGCUCUGUUUCAAACACAGAGUAGCCAUGGGACUGGCCAUUGAAACCCAGUUGCAUGUGGUCUUUUUCUUGGUAAGUGUGGUUCUUUUCGGUGCUGUGAAUGGGAAACAGUACAGUUCAGCUGUAGGAGACCCAGGAAUGAGAAGGGAUGGACUGAGAGUGGCUUUUGAAGCUUGGAAUUUUUGCAAUGAAGUUGGCCAAGAAGCUCCUGACAUGGGAAGCCCAAGAGCUGCUGAUUGUUUUGAUCUCUCAAGUAAGCACAACCACCAUAAAAGAAAACAACCAUUAUUAAAAAGUUCUACACUGAAACAUAAGGUAACAGAAGCUGAUAACAAACUAGGAGUCGGCCAACCAUUCCCAGGGUUAGCACCAGGAGCUAUAAGCAAUGCAGACCUUUAUGCAGCACAAAAAGAGCUUUAUCUGGGUUCUUUAUGUCAAGUUGAAGAUACCCCAAAUCCAUGGCAAUUCUGGAUGGUUAUGCUUAAAAAUGGCAACUACGACACAAGGUCUGGUUUGUGUCCACAGAAUGGGAAAAGGGUACCACCUUUUAGCCCAGGAAGGUUUCCUUGUUUUGGAGAUGGGUGUAUGAAUCAACCCAUAUUGUAUCAUCAACCAACUCAGCUUAUAGAUGGUGGUAUUUUACAAGGAAGUUUUAAUGGGAGUUAUGAUUUGGGUGCUGAUACAGGGGCAGGACUAGGUGGAAUUUCUUUUUAUGAGGUUGUUUGGGUGAAGAAAGUUGGAGUUGGAAGUUGGGUCUUUAAUCAUAAGCUCAAGACUUCUAAGAAGUAUCCAUGGCUUAUGUUGUACCUAAGAGCUGAUGCAACCAAAGGAUUUUCUGGAGGAUAUCAUUAUGACACAAGAGGCAUGCUCAAAAUUCUUCCAGAGUCACCUAACUUCAAGGUCAAAGUGACAUUGGAUGUUAAACAAGGGGGAGGACCCAAGAGCCAGUUCUAUUUGAUAGAUAUUGGUAGCUGCUGGAAGAACAAUGGUGAUCCUUGUGACGGAGACGUGCUCACUGAUGUAACCAGAUACAGUGAGAUGAUCAUCAAUCCCGCAACUCCUGCUUGGUGCAGUCCCAAAAGUCCAGAAAACUGCCCACCAUACCACAUUACUCCAAACAACACAAAAAUUUACAGAAAUGAUACAGCCAACUUUCCUUACGGGGCUUACCAUUACUAUUGUGCUCCAGGAAAUGCCCAAUUUUUGGAGAAACCCGUCAGCACUUGUGAUCCUUAUAGCAACCCUCAGGCACAAGAGCUACUUCAGUUGCUGCCUCAUCCUAUAUGGGCUGAAUAUGGUUAUCCAACGAAACAAGGAGAUGGUUGGGUUGGAGAUGCCAGAACAUGGGAGCUUGAUGCCGGUGGACUAUCUAGUAGACUGUACUUCUAUCAGGAUCCUGGAACACCUCCUGCUAGAAGAAUUUGGACAUCAAUUGAUAUGGGUACUGAAAUUUUCGUUAGCGACAAAGAUGAGGUGGCAGAGUGGAACCUCAGUGACUUGGAUGUCAUCCUGACAUAGUGUAAACUUCAACUGUCAUUCUGUCAACCUUUUUGUUCUAGCUUUUCUUUCUCUCAACGAAUUUGUUUUGAAGUUUACAAAAGCUGGCAAGAAGAGUUGAGAAGACAUUUAUCAUCUCUGAUAAUACUAAUAUAAGAUAGCUGGGAUCGGAGUCGCCAAACAAGCCCGCAAGGACAGGCACACUCAUCCUGGAGAGACGAUUGUGUAAUCUAAUUUUAUUGUACUUUUAUCAGUUUUGUUUUUUCAUCAGUGCAAUCCAAAUCGGCAAUGAUGAUGCUCAUAUCCCAAACGGGUAGUCCAAGUUUUGUUUAAGUUUUUGUUGUAUUCUUGACU